UGGAGCCGCGUCCUCCGGUGGGCCUGGGAUUGGCAUGCUGGGGCAGGAGGGGCGCUGAGUCAGGUGUGAAAGGCUCUUACUGUGUUUCCACAACGGUCUGUGUCUGUGUGUGUGUCAGUGUGGGGGCAUGGUGUGUUUGGGAGUGAGUGUGUGUGAUUGUGAGUCUCGAGUGUGACUUUGUUUAUGGGCUGUGCACUUGGGCAGGAGUGUGUGAAGAUGAACGGGAGCAUGAAGGAGAGCCUGGGCUUGGGGAAGGCCCUGUGUGAGAGCCGGCAGGCGCCCAGUAGAGAGUGAGCAUGUGUGAGCGGGUGAGGACACCUGAGGACCCAGGUGAGGGGGAGUGUGUGAAGCCACCACCGGCCCUUGUGUGCCUGCUUUGGGCUUUUGAAUGGAGGAUGCCCAGGUGAGGGGGCAAUCAUCGAGGUCCCCAACAUCGGAAGAAAAUUGAGAGGUAUCUCUCUAGGGGCUGGGCAUUCCAGAUGGGGUUGAAGGUCACUUGGAGACUAAGGCUAUGCUCUUCCCUGGCCUGGGUGGGAGUAGGGAGUUUCCAGGCCUCCCCCAGGUUCCCAAGUGGAAGACCUUGCCGACAGUUACUCGCCCUGGAGGCUUUGGAGACUCUGUUCCCAUGGCAACAGCUGGGGGGAAGCCUUCUUCAUGGGCAGCCCUUCCUUGGACUCUGCUCUCCUUCCCUCCCCCUUGAUGAGCCUGGAAGCCUGGCCCUAGGCCCGGGGUUGGGCAACCAGGGUGGCACUGGGACUCCAUCCCCCAUCCCAGUGUUUCCCUGUGACCCGACAGGUCUCUCCCUGCAGGUGACCAGCGCCAUGUCCAGCCAGGUGGUGGGCAUUGAGCCUCUCUACAUCAAGGCAGAGCCAGCCAGCCCCGACAGCCCAAAGGGUUCCUCGGAGACCGAGACCGAGCCCCCCGUGGCCCUGGCCCCUGGCCCAGCUCCCACCCGCUGCCUCCCAGGCCACAAGGAAGAGGAGGAUGGGGAGGGGGCUGGGCCUGGCGAGCAGGGUGGUGGGAAGCUGGUGCUCAGCUCCCUCCCCAAACGCCUCUGCCUGGUCUGUGGGGAUGUGGCCUCCGGCUACCACUAUGGCGUGGCAUCCUGUGAGGCCUGCAAAGCCUUCUUCAAGAGGACCAUCCAGGGGAGCAUCGAGUACAGCUGUCCAGCCUCCAACGAGUGCGAGAUCACCAAGCGGAGACGCAAGGCCUGCCAGGCCUGUCGCUUCACCAAGUGCCUGCGGGUGGGCAUGCUCAAGGAGGGAGUACGUCUGGACCGCGUGCGAGGCGGGCGACAGAAGUACAAGCGGCGGCCGGAGGUGGACCCGCUGCCCUUCCCGGGCUCCUUCCCUGCUGGACCCCUGGCAGUAGCUGGAGGCCCUCGGAAAACUGCCCCCGUGAAUGCACUGGUGUCGCACUUGCUGGUGGUUGAGCCUGAGAAGCUAUAUGCUAUGCCCGACCCGGCGGGCCCCGAUGGACACCUCCCAGCCGUGGCUACCCUCUGUGACCUCUUUGACCGAGAGAUUGUGGUCACCAUCAGCUGGGCCAAGAGCAUCCCAGGCUUCUCGUCACUGUCACUGUCUGACCAGAUGUCAGUCCUGCAAAGCGUAUGGAUGGAGGUCUUGGUGUUGGGUGUCGCCCAGCGCUCACUGCCACUGCAGGACGAGCUGGCCUUCGCGGAGGACCUGGUCCUGGACGAGGAGGGGGCACGCGCCGCUGGCUUGGGGGAACUGGGGGCCGCGCUGCUGCAGCUGGUGCGGCGACUGCAGGCCCUGAGGCUGGAACGUGAAGAGUACGUCCUGCUGAAGGCCCUGGCCCUUGCCAAUUCAGACUCUGUGCACAUCGAGGACGCCGAGGCUGUGGAGCAGCUGCGUGAAGCUCUACAUGAGGCCCUGCUGGAGUACGAAGCAGGCCGGGCGGGCCCCGGAGGGGGUGCUGAGCGGCGGCGGGCAGGCAGGCUGCUGCUCACGCUACCGCUCCUUCGCCAGACAGCGGGCAAAGUGCUGGCCCAUUUCUAUGGGGUGAAGCUGGAGGGCAAGGUGCCCAUGCACAAGCUGUUCUUGGAGAUGCUCGAGGCCAUGAUGGACUGAGGCAAGGGGUGGGCAUGGGUGGGGGUGCUGGCAGGACCCGCCCAGUAUGGGGUCAGCCCCAAGGGGGCAGAACUGGGGUCCCGGCAGUGCCACAGCCUGCUGGCAGGGCCAGGGCAAUACCAUCAGCCCCUGGGAGCAGGCCCUACGCCCUCCCCUCCCCCCUCCCAGGGGGUCUUAGAAGCUGGGAAUGUGUGCGCCCAGGCUCUGGGCACAGUGCUGCCCCUUGCAAGCCAUAACGUGCCCCCAGAGUGUAGGGGGCCUUGCGGAAGCCAUAGGGGGCUGCAGGGGACAUGUGGGGGGGCAGAAGCCUGAUCUCAGGGAGGGAAGGGAGUGGAGGCUACAGUCUCCCAGUGGGUGAUGCUUUUGCUGCUGCUUAAUCCAACCCCCUCUCCAGAGCAGAGGGGGAUUUGGAAAGCAAAGGCCCCUGCCCCCUUCGCUCCUCUCCUCAUCAUUUGCAUUGGGCAUUACUGCCCCCCCUUGAAGCAAUAACUCCAAGCAGGCUCCAGCCCCUGGACCCCUGGGGUGGCCAGGGCCCCCCAUCAGCUCCCACCCAGCCUCCUUGGGGGGUUAGGGAGAGCACUGCCUCUAUGCCCUGCAGAGCAAUAACACUAUAUUUAUUUUUGGGUUUGGCCAGGGAGGUGCAGGGACAUAGGGCAAGCCAGGGCCCAGAGCCUUUGGCUGUACAGAGACUCUAUUUUAAUGUAUAUUUGCUGCAAAGAGAAACCGCUUUUGGUUUUGAACCUUUAAUGAGAAAAAGAAAUAUAUCGAGCUCAAGAACA